AUGAGACACCCACACGGACACACAAGAUAAGACAAAAAAAGUAGCAUAAAGUAAAGUAAUUAUUAAUUACUUAAUUAUUUUAUUUUCCUUCAUUAUUUUGAUGAAACAAAAAACAAAAGAAACAAAGAAAGAAUCAAAACUCAGAAGAAGUGUUAGAAAUGAAAAAAAGAGAAGAAAUCAAACCAAUUCAAACACCAUCAACAAAAAUGUCAUGUAAAUUUUCACCAACAAGAACAACAAGUGUUAUUGUUCUUCAUAUGUUUGUUUCAUUCAUAACACUAACCUUAACAACAUCAACAACAACAACAACAACAACCUUUGAUUCAACAACGUUGUUGUUAAACAAUUUCAAACACUCAAACAUAAUUUCUGAUCCAAAAAACUUCCUUUCAAAUUGGUCACUUUCUUCUUCCCCUUGUUUAUGGCAAGGUAUCACUUGUUCACUUUCCGGCCAAAUCACCACCGUUAACCUCACCGGAGCUUCACUUUCUGGUAAAAGUUUCAAUCUUUUCACCUUCACUUCAAUACCCACUUUACAAAACCUUCUCUUACAUGGAAAUUCCUUCACUUCUUUCAACCUCUCUGUUUCAAAACCUUGUUCUCUUGUCACACUUGAUCUUUCUUCCACCAAUUUCUCAGGAAUUUUCCCUUUUGAAAAUUUUGUUACUUGUUAUAGUCUUAGUUACCUCAAUUUGUCUAGAAAUUUGAUAACUUCAACAAAUAAUAAUUUUUUAGGGUUUGGUUCUUCUUUGAUUCAACUUGAUAUGUCUAGAAACAUGUUUUCUGAUGUUGAUUUUGUUGUUGAAGUUGUUACAAAGUUUGAAAGUUUGGUUUUUGUUAAUUUUUCUGACAACAAAAUCCAUAGUCAAAUCAGUGAUUCACUUGUUCCUUCUGUGAAUUUGUCAACUUUGGAUUUGUCUCAUAAUUUGUUGUUUGGAAAAUUACCCUCUAAAAUUGUUGGUGAUAGUGUUAAAAUUUUGGAUCUUUCAAGCAACAAUUUUUCAUUAGGGUUUUCUGAGUUUGAUUUUGGGGAUUGUAAGAAACUUGUUUGGUUGAAUUUAUCUCACAAUGUGAUAUCCGAUUUUGAGUUUCCACAAAGUUUGAGAAAUUGUCAAGUGUUGGAAAGUUUGGAUCUUUCUCAAAAUCAAUUUAAGAUGAAGAUUCCUGGUGUUGUUCUUGGUGAGUUGAAGAAUUUGAAGGAACUUUAUUUAGGGAAUAAUCUAUUUUAUGGAGAAAUAUCUAAGGAGCUUGGAAGUGUUUGUGAGAGUUUGGAAAUUCUUGAUCUUUCUAUGAAUAAGCUUUCUGGUGAGUUUCCUUUGGUUUUUGAAAAAUGUUCAUCUUUGACGAGUCUUAACCUAGCUAAGAAUUUUCUAUAUGGUAAUUUCCUUGAAAAUGUUGUUAGCAAACUCUCUAGUCUUAGAUAUCUCUAUGUGUCAUUCAACAACAUAACCGGAAAUGUUCCUUGGUCGAUUGUUGCAAAUUGUACACAGCUUAAAGUUCUUGACCUAAGUUCGAAUGGUUUCACCGGCGAUGUUCCUUCGAUGUUUUGUCCUUCGAAAUUGGAGAAGUUGCUUCUAGCUGGUAAUCACCUUUCAGGGAAUGUUCCCGCAAAACUCGGUGAAUGCAAGAGUUUGAGAACAAUUGAUUUUAGCUUUAAUAAUUUGAGUGGUUCAAUACCUAAGGAAGUUUGGUUUUUGCCUAAUCUUUCUGACUUGAUUAUGUGGGCGAAUAGUCUCUCCGGCGAGAUUCCUGAAGGAAUUUGUGUCAAUGGAGGAAACCUCGAAGCAUUGAUUCUGAACAACAAUUUCAUUUCUGGUUCAAUUCCUAAGUCUAUUGCAAAUUGUACUAACAUGAUUUGGGUUUCGCUUGCUAGUAACCGUAUUACCGGAGAAAUACCUGCUGGUAUUGGGAAUCUGAACGAACUUGCUAUUCUGCAAUUAGGUAACAAUUCUCUGGUUGGAAAGAUUCCUCCCGACAUUGGAAUGUGCAAGAGACUAAUAUGGCUGGAUUUGACUAGCAAUAACCUCACCGGUUCUAUUCCGUCCCAGCUUGCGAAUCAAGCUGGAUUGGUUAUUCCGGGGAGUGUUUCGGGUAAGCAGUUUGCAUUUGUGAGAAAUGAAGGUGGUACUAAUUGUAGAGGCGCCGGAGGACUUGUUGAGUUUGAAGAUAUAAGGGCUGAGAGGCUUGAAAGUUUUCCUAUGGUUCAUUCUUGUCCAUUAACAAGAAUAUAUUCUGGUUAUACAGUUUAUACUUUUACCAACAAUGGAAGCAUGAUUUUCCUUGAUCUUUCUUACAAUUUCUUGUCGGGGGCUAUUCCAGAAAAUUUUGGCGCAAUGUCCUAUUUGCAGGUCUUAAAUCUAGGACACAAUAUGCUCAAUGGAAAAAUUCCAGAACGUUUUGGUGAUUUAAAAGCUCUAGGAGUGCUCGAUAUAUCUCAUAAUAGCCUUCAAGGAUUCAUCCCUGGAUCAUUACAAUCUCUAUCAUUUCUCAGUGACUUUGAUGUGUCGAAUAAUAACCUUAGUGGAUCAAUUCCUUCUGGUGGUCAGCUAACAACUUUCCCGGCGUCUAGAUACGAAAACAACUCGAACCUUUGUGGUGUUCCCUUACUGAAGAAAUGCGGCAGUUCAAAUCACUCGGUAACUUUGCGUACUUCGAAGAAGAAGCAACCUAUUGCAGUUUUGAUUGUCAUUUCGCUCCUUUUCUUCCUCUUGUUUGUUGUUGUGGUUUUAUUGGCUUCAUAUCGAGUUCAAAAGGCUCGGAAGAAGGAUGAAUUGAGGGAAAAGUAUGUAGAAAGUCUUCCAACAUCUGGUACCAGUAGUUGGAAGCUUUCAACCUUUCCUGAACCUCUGAGCAUCAACGUCGCUACGUUUGAGAAGCCUUUGCGCAAGUUGACGUUCGCACAUCUUCUCGAAGCUACCAACGGUUUCAGCUCAGAAAGUUUGAUAGGUUCAGGAGGUUUUGGGGAAGUGUAUAAGGCUAAGAUGAAAGACGGAAGUGUUGUUGCUAUCAAGAAACUCAUUCGUGUCACAGGUCAGGGAGACAGAGAGUUCAUAGCCGAAAUGGAAACGAUCGGGAAGAUUAAGCACAGGAACCUUGUUCCACUACUUGGUUACUGUAAAGUUGGAGAUGAAAGGCUACUUGUGUAUGAGUACAUGAAAUAUGGAAGUUUAGAAACUGUUCUACAUGAGAGGAACAAAAGUACAAAGCUUGCUUGGGAAACAAGAAAGAAGAUAGCACUAGGAUCAGCAAGAGGUCUUGCAUUUCUUCAUCACAGUUGCAUACCUCAUAUUAUACAUAGAGACAUGAAGUCAAGCAAUAUUCUUCUCGACGAAAAUUUUGAGGCUAGAGUUUCGGAUUUCGGUAUGGCGAGAUUGGUUAAUGCUCUUGACACUCAUCUCACAGUUAGCACACUUGCAGGAACACCAGGUUAUGUACCACCUGAAUACUAUCAAAGUUUUCGAUGCACAGCAAAAGGUGAUGUUUAUAGUUACGGUGUCAUACUGUUAGAACUUCUAUCAGGGAAGAGACCGAUCGAUUCUUCCGAGUUCGGAGAUGAUAACAAUCUUGUUGGAUGGUCUAAGAAGCUUUAUAGAGAAAGAAGAAUUAUUGAAAUACUUGAUCCUGAUUUGGUUACGCAAACAUCCAGUGAAGGUGAACUUUUUCAAUAUUUGAGAAUUGCUUUUGAAUGUUUAGAGGAAAGACCGUAUCGGCGUCCGACGAUGAUACAAGUGAUGGCGAUGUUUAAAGAGCUUCAAGCUGAUACAGAUAAUGAUAGUGUUGUUGAUGGUUUCUCUAUGAAAGACAAUGUUAUUGAUGAAACAUGAGAAAAAAGGUUCUGUGUUGUUGAACUGAUUUUACAACAAUUCUGGUUACAUUUUUUUUCUUUCUUUUUGUACAUAUGAUAUUUUGUUGAGGUUAUAGACAGAAUUCAGUUACUUGAAAUUGGAGACAUUUUUGAGCCUAUGAAAUUUUGUCACUACAUAGUGAACCUUAUUUUUGCUGAUACUGUCUUCAGUAUAACUUGUUUUCCAUUUUCA